AUGUUACAUCUCCCUUCGUCCUCGGGGGGUGGUCGCAGGUCCCGCCAACAGCCUGAACAAGCUCAAAUAAUCGAGACAAACGCUGGCCGUUACGAGCGCCCAAUUAUCUGGAGAUCCCGAUGGCUCGAUGGAUGGGCCGGGGUAUAUCCACAAUACAACCAUUUCGUGGCUCGAGGAAUCGGAAUCACUAAAUAUGCCGCCCCAGAAGAACUACAGAUGCACUGGGCACUGAAGAUUGGUCCAUAUCUCUAUGAGCUCCAGACCGACGAGAACCUGGAAAUAACUUGGCGUUAUGUUGAUGAGACCAGGUGGGAGUCUUGGAAGUCUGCCACCCCAGACAGACUCGUCGGAGAAACAACAGCAACAGAUGCUGAGCUAGCAAACAUGUCCGAGGGAGUCGCAUCGCUCAUGAGAACCGCUGAUCCGACAUCAUCUUCCCCGAGAGCAAAGUAUAAUGUUAUUCGAAACAACUGCCACACUUUCACACUCGGGCUUUUGCAUGCCGCUAUUAGCUCCGAUGUUGGGGAAUACAACUCACCAAAUUCUCGUGCCCUUGCAGGCUUGAAUAAAAUGGCCGCUGUUUCGAGCGAUCAUGGCAUAACCGAACUAUACCACUCCCCCAUUGCAUGGGGACGAGCGGUGAAAGACAUGUGGACGGGCCAGCUUAGAAAAAAGCAUUUUGAAGGAUUAUUACCUGAUUACGAGAGGGGUGCUGUUAUGGAGGAAAAGUAUCGACAACGAGGGUUGAUAUACUGA